CUGUUUAACCUUUAUUUCUGAUGCUGGAGUGGCUGCUCAGCCUGGCAUUAAUUUUUUCUCCAAGCUUGCUAGGCCCAUGAAGUAAACAGCCAUGUGCAUUCCUUACUCUAUAUUUAACAGCUGCAGUCUGUGCUGGGGGAGACGGCAUGAGAAGGGGCUUUUUGUAGCUGCCCAAAUUCAUCUUUCUUGAGGGAAGGGAGGGGGGAGUGGAUUGGGAGGGGAAAGAGGGAUUUCUCUCCCCUGUUCGGUUUUCGAGAGCAGGCUUCAGCUCCAGAGACUGCAAUGCCAGCCUCCCAAAGCCGGUCCAGAGCCAGAGACAGGAACAAUGUCCUCAACAGAGCCGAGUUCCUCUCGCUGAACCAGCCCUUGAAAGGCAACCAGGAGGCCAGGGGCUCCAGCCGAAAGCCGAACAGCCAGCCGGGCCCGGCUCCCUCCCAGAACAACGGCACCAAGGAGCGGAGGCAGUCGCAGCAGCUGCCCGAGGAGGACUGCAUUCAGCUCAACCCCUCCUUCAAGGGGAUCGCCUUCAACUCCCUGCUGGCCAUUGACAUCUGCAUGUCCAAGCGCCUGGGCGUGUGCGCCAGCAAAGCCUCGUCCUGGGGCAGCGCCCGCUCCAUGAUCAACCUCAUCGGGAUCACGGGGCACGGGAUCCCCUGGAUCGGGGGCACGCUCAUCUGCCUGGUGAAGAGCAGCACGCUGGCUGGCCAGGAGGUGCUCAUGAACCUGCUGCUAGCGGAGAGCAUGCAAAGAAGCGAAAGCUCCCGGAGAAAGCCAGCCAGCCACCCCGCCUGCUGCAUGGACCGAGCCUUGCUCCUGGACGUCAUGAUUGUGGCUGGCCUGCAGAAGCUGGCCAAGCGGAAAGGCCCGUACGACAUCAAUCCCGGCUUCUUGGACUACCUGACCAUGGACAUCUACGCGUUCCCCGCCGGCCACGCCAGUCGCGCCGCCAUGGUGUCCAAGUUCUUCCUCAACCACCUGGUCUUGGCCAUCCCCCUCCGGAUCCUGCUGGUUGUCUGGGCCUUCUGUGUGGGGCUUUCCCGUGUCAUGAUCGGACGGCACCACAUCACGGACGUCCUGUGUGGCUUUGUCUUCGGGUACUUGCAGUUCAGGCUGGUGGAGUUGAUAUGGAUGUCUUCCAACACAUGUCAGAUGUUGAUAUCCAUCUGGUGAGCACGGCAGGCCUGAUGCUUUGACGCUGGAAACAAGCGGACACGUUACCUUUCUCUCUCAUUAUUUUUUAUAUGUUACUGUCCGUGUUGGGUUAGAAACAAAUGCACUUCCAUGAGUAGUGGUAUUUUUUAAUGUUACUUCCCUGCCUGAAAAAAACCCAACACUGUUUCUUGCAACUGUUUGGGUUUCAGUAGUCCAGGGCCGUCGCCAUGUUCUGGCCGUUUCCUGAAGUUCUAUUUGAAUGGCAACCAAAUUAAGCUUUAAAGGUAGCACAAGUGAGCACUGUUUGGACAGUGCACUUCUGAUGCCUUGGUGUGUCCCUAGGAUGCACAACACCUGUUAUCCCCUCAAGGAUGCUUAAUUAGCUUCUUGGAGGCUAAGUGUUUUUGGCAAGAGCAUCACAGCGCUUUCUCUUCCCAUAAGCCCAGCCAUUGUGUCUUGUUCAGAGCCAGAGAUGCUGCUGGACUUCCCAGAUAAUAACACUUCUGCCAUGUUUGUUCCUUAUCUUAACCAGGGAGUCUCCCAAGGGGUGGUGGAAGCCCUAUUGCUCGUGACAUUUAAGUGCAGACUGGACAGUGCCAUGCAGGGAUCAAUCCUGCACAGGCUCUUGGGAGAUGGGACUUGUGGACCCAAUACCGUUGAGCACUUAAGCUCAUGCUUUAUUUUGAGCAUGUGUUUAAAUCCUAUUGACUCUGGUAAGACGUAGGGAUGGGCUGAAGUGAUACACAUAAUAGGGAUGAAGGACUUACGCAUAUGCUUAAAGGUAAGCAGCUGCUAGAUGGUUUGUUGAAUUAGCUGUUGAAAAUCCUGCUCAGCCAGGGUGACUGUCGUUUUGCUUUUGUUUCUUGGAAGGAGAAAUAAAAUACUCACGUUUCCCUCCUGGC